AUGCGCAUCCGAUCCCAGCGAUCGAUGGAGAAAUCGAUAGUGAGCACUGCGAGACACCAGAACCCGACAGAGUGGAAGUCGCGACUUUUCUGUAACAAGCAACCGCCUCGAGAAAAUGUGGUAGAUCGAGCCUCCGUUGGAACGGGUCCACAGGACAACAACAGGACUGAUUUUGUUGCUGAAAAGAUCCCAUGGCCGCAAGUGACGCAGAGGCGCGGUGGCUGCCGCGCCGUGGUCGGGGUCGCCGUGGAUCGCCGGUCGGAGGCCGCCAGGGCACGUUGCGGAGAGAAAGUCGCCUGCCGCCGACGCAACCGACAGCAGCGUCUCGUGCGCUCGUGA